AUGUUAUGUAUGUUUUACUUUAUAAAUCAAAGUAUUGAGUUGUUUUUUGCGAUUUCAGGUAUUAAGACGCCCGUAUGUGCCGUUUCCGGGGCCAAAUUUUUGACUGAGUCCGGGUGGGUGGAUUUGAGGAAUCCGGUGGAUACUGAUGUCCCGUUUAGGCUUUUUCGAGAUCAGGGGAGGACUUUUCUUAAGUGGUAUGGAGAACCAGAACUUCGCACUAAAAUGUCAGGCCGCCUUUUGUUGGUAUACCUAAUGUGCAGAGAUCUUGCAAGUCCUGAACUAGACUCUAGCCCUGAGGAAACAGCCGCCCCUGUGCAUGCGCUAUUUUCCCCUUGUGUAGCCUUCAGGGUGGUUGGAACUCCAACUAAAUACCUCAACAAUGUUAGUGAGGUAGCAUUUGCUCCAGAUGCCCACGCAGCUUCAGGCUCAUCUAGCUCACACCUAAGUAUAUCGGAAUAUAUAGCAAUAGGAAUUUGCUCAUUAUUACUAGGUUUGAUCUACGUAGCGUCCGUUUUUUUAUACCUACACCUUAAAAAACGCAACUCUUUAAAAAACAAGGCUAAAAAGAACGAUACUGAUGAUUUAAAUCAGGCUGAAGAAGGCGUCAUAAAAAAUAACCCAUUAUUGUCCAUGGUUAAUCAUUUUCAAUCACCUGAUAAUGGUUAUAGUGAUUCCGCGAGUUCAGAUACGGAUGCCACAGCGGAUAUAGUGCAAAACAAUGAAGACAGAAAGAAACAUAUGCAAAUGCAGAUAACUUCAGCACUGAUCCACCCUCAACUUCAUCAAAGAUACGACGGUAUUUUUGGAAGCGUCCUACAAGAACUAGCGCAUCAAGAAUCGUCCAUAGAGUGUCUACCAGAGGAAAAUGUUUCCAUAGUGGAAACAUUAGAGUGCCGUGAAGACCGUCCAGACAACCUUAGAGCCUUAAGUGGCACUGUAAGGAAGAAACUAUACUUCAACCCUGCCUAUUUUGAACCACAAUUAUUAAUGGCUCCUCCACCAGCUGCUAUAGAGUUUCUCUACAAAAUACGAGAAGUAAUUACUAUAGCAAAACAAAAAAUGGAGAGUAAACGAUUCACUCCAUCACUAAUAGUAAUACCAGAAGAAGAAUACAAUAUAAACCAGGAAAGCUAUGAGGUAGCACGACCUGUAACCCGCAAUGGUAGUGUUAUCAGUCUCAAAAGAGAAAAUAGUCGAAGAAAAACAUGUACAGGUUGCCCAGGUUGCGAACCACAAGACUUUAGAACAUUAUGUGGAAGACUACCGGAAUUCCCCGCCUUAGCAGCGUGUCAUAACUGUGUUACUAGUAAUGACAGUAAGCAGAUUAGUAUACGCAAAUGGUUGGAGGACGUCCCCAUACUUAAAGACGAAGAAAAUCAGCAUAGCUGUAAAAAUAAGGUGACUAAAAGAGUGAGGUCUCCAACUAGGUCAUUGCAACUAUGCGGUAUUAAAACCUCUGAAAGAGCUAUAUCGCCUAGGCCAUCAUCCGAUAAAGCUGCCUCUGAAAGAGCUACAUCGCCAGAUUCGCAAUGUAGUAAAAGCAAGAGCAGUACAAAAUCGAGACGGUUAAGAAAAUCGAAUGUAAAGAAACCUAAACUACCUCCUCCCCCUAUUCCAUUCAGCCCUGGAAAAAAGGAAAAGGAGGAAGAGAAUCACUACGAUAUUAUCCCAGCGCAUGAAGAAGCCUUUAAGAAAAACCUACCACACCCUGACAUGAUCAAUGAAGCCAUGGUAGUCGACAACAACAAAGUCGAUAUAACAAACCGUAUUCCAACUUUAACUAAAAAACAAAUGAAUGCAGUCAUCAACGAGCUAACAGUGCAUAGAAAUAACUUGAUAAACGAGGAACCACCCCGUAGGUUACCCAUAGAAUAUGAAACCGACAGCCUGGAAAGAAAUGCUAAGGGUUACCACACACCCAGUGAGUACGCCGAGGUUAUAUCAUCGCAACCUAGUCCAAGCCUAAGCACUGCUCUACCAAUGGACGAGGAAAUGACGAUGAGGAACGCAAUAUUCAACAAAAAGACUGGUAAUAUGACAAUUUCUAAACUAAAUAACAACAAGGAUUCGUUACAAGAAGAUGAUCAUGACUAUGAGUUGAUAGUAAUGAAAAAAGGGACAUCAUACAGACUUCCAGAGUUGUUACAACGUAACAAUGGUUAUAGUCUUGUAAGCGAGGUGUAUGUUAAUAACGGGUACAAUUAUGGUAGUAACCCAUCAUCUCCAUCAGACUCAAAUUGCUCGACAUUGGAAGAAAGAACUCUGAAAGUCCGCUAUGAUGGCGGUAAGGAGAAACCAGGCAAACUACUCAUAGAAGUUGAAGAUUGCGCUGAUAAUUAUAUACCUGUGGAUGAUUCAGACAGCUUUGAGGCUGAUACGUUGGACAGAAAGUCUAACAAGCUGAAAUUGCCUAGAUUUAACAUACAAAACAAACAUAAUGAGUUCGUGGAUUCGCUCGAAAGACCACCAAAUCAAAUACUACUUAAAACGACUGGUAGUUUUAGAAGAGAACCAAUAGUUUCCACAGUUGAUGAUGAUAAACCUGGUACUUUUAAUAGGGCUUUUGGGAGUCUUAGGGAGAUAUUUGAAGCCAAAAAAAAUGAUGAAAAUACUUCUUUAACUAUUAUUAGUGAUGAUGAAGGUAGACUCUUAACUUUAGAAGAGCGGCAUUCAAGAAGACAGAGAAAAUUAAAUAUUAAAGAAGUUAAUGUUCAACCUGAUGUUAUCCCUCCACCCCCUCAUGAUAAUACUCCGAUUUAUGAACAUCCUAAACCGCCACGCAAAGUUAUAAUAGAUGAAAAUGGUAAAAUUCCUCCACUACCACCAAAAAACGGCAAGCGCGGGAGUGUUAAAACUACAACGCCUCAAAAAACCUCAACAAAAGACACUCCUGUCAAAAUUGUUGAAAACAAUUACGAAUUCUGUUUGGUACAAAAAAACAAAAAGGAUGGCAACAUAUUGACGAGUUUAAUACAGGCUGAAGAUAUAAUAUUAAAAAAGGGCGCAAACGAUCAGUUCAUACUUCAUAACACGAACAACAUUAAUUUUGGAGUUCCGAUAAAGAGUUUGCAAUCUUUCAUGCCCAUAGAGGAUCUAAAAAAUCGUAAUAAGGUUAAAAAAUCUUGGAGGUCAGCUAACAAACCUGAAGACUCUGGGUAUCUCAGCACGGAUUCCAACGACUCCCUGAAGAAAAAAAUACAUCUAACUUUGGAACCAUUAAGUAUCAAUUCUGAAACUGAUGAAAGCUUGGGAGAUGGUCACAGUGAGUCUGGAGGGGAAAGUGUGGAAACACACUCAGUUUUUUUCGGAAGUUUUCAGCGAAAACCCCUUAAUUUUGCUAGGUACGACUCAGUGGAUAGUGGUGUAAUAAAUGGAGAUGGUCCUGAGAGCACUGAUUCAGAGAAUAUAAGUUACACCACUGUCGUACAGUGUUAAUAUAAGUAGUUAUUUAGAACCUUUCUUAGAUUGUAAAAAAAUAUAUAACCCCAGUUGACAGAAGGCUUAAGGGGGUAUUUCUUGAAAUUUGCGACUUAACUCUUUAUACAAAAUAAUCUCUACAAAAAGCAAUAAACCAAUCAGAGCAUAGGUGUGAAAAAUGUCAUG